UCUGUGGUCCAGCAGAGUGAUGCAGCCCUACUUAAGUUUAACGGUGCAUUUCGUUAACGACAACUGGGUUCUGCGAAGUGUAUGCCUCCAAACGGCUUACUUUCCCGAUGAACACAAAGGCGAAAUAAUUGCUCAGGGGCUAAAAGACGCUUUGAGCUCCUGGAAUCUUGCCGAGGACCGACUCACAUGUAUGACUACGGACAGCGGCACCAACAUGAUCAAAGCUCUGAAAGAAAAUGGGUGGCCCAGCCUUCAGUGCUUUGGACACAGAUUGAACUGUGCUAUAGAGAAUGGUGUGAAGGACCCACGGGUCGAUCGUGCUGUUGGGGUUUGCAAAAAGGCAGUGUCUGCCUUUUCUUACAGCUGGAAAAAAAGGAAAGAGAUGGGUGAAGUGCAGGCCGAGCUUGGUCUACCCACACAUCAGCUAGUAACAGAGUCCCCGACCAGAUGGGGCUCACGCCAGAAAAUGAUCGAGAGGUUCCUCGAACAGGAGAAGGCCAUAGUCCGUGUCCUGGGUUCGGACAAGAAAAGUCGCCAUCUUGUGCCCACUUGGCAAGAUCUUGAGGUCUUAGAAUCUAUAAACAAAGCUGUAAAACCACUCCAAGACUUUACCGACGCACUCUCUGGGGACUUAUAUGUUAGCGUUUCAUGCGUUAAACCGGUGCUCCAUUUGUUCAGAACCAGUCUCCUCCAGCGAGAGGAAAAAGACACAGAGCUCACUGCAAAAAUAAAAACAAACAUAAUGCAGUACCUUAACGAUAAAUACAGCAACACUGUGCAAGAUGAACUCUUGGACAUGUCCUCACUGAUGGACCCAAGGUUCCGUACAACCUACAUCGACCCAGAAAAGGUGGAACAAGUCAAAAAAAGAGCAGUCACUGAACUCCUCUCCCUUACUGUUCCUGGUGACAAGAGCACACCCCAGCAGCCCAGUCCAGCUAUGCAUGUGUGCAAAGAAGAACAGCCUCCGCCCAAGAAAAUGACUUUAGCUGCCUUCUUCAAGAAGACUACAUCAGUGGCAUCUUCCCACCAGUCAGAGACAGUAAAAAUAGAGACUGAGCUGACAACAUACUUAUUGACCCCUGAGGUUGACCCAGAGACCGAGCCACUUGACUGGUGGAAGCGCCACCAACCUAACUUUCCAAGGCUAAGUCAUUUGGCAAAGAAAUACCUAUCGGUCCCAGCUACAAGUGCCCCCUCUGAGAGGGUUUUCAGUGUUGGGGGGGGGCAUUGUUACAUGCCACCGUGCAUGCCUCAAGCCAGAGGUUGUAGACAGGCUUGUCUUCCUGGCUAAAAAUGUUUAAAAACAGCAAAGAAGCCCCUCAUGCACUACUAUUUGAUGCUGUUAAAUAUGCUGUGAAUGAAGAUGUUUAAUUUUGUUUACAGACACUUUUUUACUGCACAAAAUAUGUUAAGGUAAAUGUGACAUGUUUGUGUCACUGUCAGUUAUAAAAGCUUGAAAAGUUGUUUAUAAGGCUACUAUUUAAUUUUUAUUUGAUGCAGAUGUUUAAUUUUCUUUAUAUGAUUCAGGAAAUCAAAAUAGUGACCAAAUACUUUUUGUAUAUCACAGGCACCUUUUUUUAUUAUGCAAAACAUGUUCAAGUAAAAGUUUUGUUUGCACUUUAUUUUAUCAACCCAAAAAGAGGUCUUGUAAUCUUAUGUUUUACUUAUUUUUUCAUUUAGUUCAAGGGUGCAUUGUGUUUGAAACUAGAUAAAGCUUACUGAAAAAUGACAUUUUCACUGUUUACAAUGGCAGGCAGGGCUUGCCAAUGUUUUUG